UUGCCUUUGCGGACUCCUUCAUCCUUUGCUCUUUUUUAUCUUUUUCGGCUGGCCCUCCUUCUUUGCCUUUUUCCGCCGUUCUUUUGGUUCCCUGGCUCUACCAUUGUUGUUUCACUCACUAGCUGGCCUGGUCCUUCUUCAUUUUUUCUAUUCCUUUCAAUCUUCACGAACGCCAUGCAGGGCAUCGGGUUUCUUCUUUGGCUCAUUGUAGCACCAGUUUUGGUUGUGAACGCCCAUUUCGCCCAUCUAUAUCGACGGCACGUCGACACGCCGGAGCUUGGAGUUUUGUUCCAGGGUAACCAGCAGUUCAAGACAAAGAUGCAGACCGAGAAUCCCACACUGUUGGCCCACCUUACUGAGAACGGACAAGAACCAGAGUUCAUGUUCAUCGGAUGCUCGGAUAGCCGUGUGAGCGAAGGUACCAUCUUCAACGCCAAUCCAGGCACGCUUUUCACGGAACGCAACAUCGCGAAUCAGUUUGUGGCUGAGGAUGUGAAUGCGCAAUCAGCUGUAGCUUAUGCCGUCUCCGAGCUUCGUGUUCAGCACAUCAUUGUGAUGGGUCACUACGGAUGCGGCGGAGUCGCCGCUGCAAUCGCCACUCCACCAGAAGAACCACUCGAUGUAGCGAAUACUGCUGUGCAAAAUUGGAUUGCCCCCAUCCGAGCAUUGUAUCAGAAUUCAACGAGAGCGGAAAUCGUUUCACUUCGAGAGAAGAACGCUGCCCUUAAAGUGGUCGAAGAACCGGAGCCAAAAGAAGCUGGUUUUCGUGCUCUUGUCGAAGAGAACAUCAAGGUUAGUGUCCAGGCUAUCGCAUCAUCCACCGUCAUCCAAGAUCACUUCGCCGCCCUUGCUCAAAGCGGCGGUGUCAAUGAGGCAGGAGAGACGCUUGUCCAUGUAUUCAUUCAUGGAUUGGUGUAUGACAUUGCCAAUGGCGAAAUACAGAACCUAGGUAUCAGUGUCGGACCCCCAGGUGCCGAGAUCCCCUCAGUUCCCUUCGCUGCAGUUAGUAAUGGGGCGGUGGAACCUUUGGAAAAUACGUCUGAAGACCCGUUACUUGUUUGCCAGAAAUUGUGCAAGGCAAAAAGGGACUUAUUCUAGUGAAUGGUCUACAUACUGGAGAUAGAACACUGUUGUAGGCCGUUCCAGUGACACCUUACCGGAACUCGAAGGCUACUGAAAUCUCAGUGUAUAUGGGGGGCUUGCUUCAUAUAAAUUGCGAA